AUGCAACCUGACACGGAGUCGACGACAUACGCCUACCAACAACACGAGGUAUAUAGCAUAGCGUAUUAUGUGCGAUGUUCGUACGACGAUACGUUAUCCGUGUAUCGGUUUCGUCGCGAUCCCGAUUGCGUGUUGUGGUUCGCUAAACAACUCGAAGAUUUAGCACAUAACGUUAAGAUUCGUUUAUGCGCCAAUGUCCCCAUGGGGAUGUUAUCGAAAGAACAAUUAGAGGCAUACCGUAGCGCGACACAUUGUCAUAUUUGCGAAAAACCGUUUGCGCCGGAUGAUAAGCGGGUGCGCGAUCAUUGCCAUCUGACCGGUCGUUACCGCGGUCCCGCGCAUUCGCUUUAUUCAUAUAAAUUUUUAAAUACUAGUCUCGAAAAAUUAGCAUCAUUUCUGGGUAAAGAAAAUCUAAAAAUUGUACGUUCCGAAUUUUCACACUUAUCCGACGCAGAAUUUGAUUUAUUGACACGAAAAGGCGUAUUUCCAUACGAGUACAUUGACCGCGUCGAAAAAUUGGAAGACACAUGUUUACCACCACUCGAAUCCUUUUAUAGUUCUCUGACCUCCAAUACAGUAUCCGAGAGCGAUUACGCACACGCCGUCAACGUCUGGCAUCGGUUCUCAAUUCAAACGUUGGGUGAAUACAGCGAUCUAUAUCUGAAAACGGAUGUCUUGUUGUUAGCUGACAUUUUUGAAAAUUUCCGUGAUAAAUGUUUAGAAAGUUACGGUCUCGAUCUCGCGCAUUAUUACACUCUCCCCGGAUACACGUGGGAUGCUAUGUUAAAAUAUACCGAUAUUACUUUUGAAUUGCUUACGGACAUAGACAUGAUAAUGUUUAUCGAACGCAGUGUACACGGUGGUCUGAGUCAAUGUUCAGGCAGAUACGCACAGGCUAACAACAAAUACAUGCAGACAUACGACCCAUCGAAACCAUCGUCGUAUCUUAUGUACUUUGACAUUAAUAAUUUGUACGGCUGGGCGAUGUGUCAGCCGUUACCCUACACUGAAUUUCAAUGGGUCGAGGACGUUUCAAAUUUCGACGUGAACGCUAUCGCUCCGGAUUCACCCACGGGAUACAUUCUCGAGGUCGAUCUCGAGUAUCCUCGAGACCUUCACGAUCGGCACACUGACCUACCUUUAUGCCCGACGCGCGAUAAACUGCCCGGCAAGCGAGAAUGUAAACUUCUCGCCACGCUCUACGAUAAAAAGCGUUACAUCAUACAUUACCAAAACCUACAGCAGUGUACGCGUCACGGUCUUCGUAUCGCGAAGAUACACCGCGUAUUAAAAUUCGCGCAAUCUCCAUGGCUAUGUAAAUACAUAGAAUUAAACACGCAAUUCCGAACUCGCGCCAAAAAUGAUUUUGAAAAAAACUUGUAUAAAUUAAUGAAUAACGCGGUAUUCGGGAAAACCAUGGAGAAUGUACGUAAUCACGUUGACGUUAAAUUAUUGACGAAAUGGAAAGGUCGGUAUGGUGUAGAGGCAAUGAUCGCGAAACCGAAUUUUCAUAGUCGUAGCAUUUUUUCAGAGAAUCUUAUUGCCGUCGAACUAAAAAAACUCAAGGUGAAAUUCAACAAACCGAUUUACGUAGGCAUGUGCAUUUUAGAUAUUUUUAAGACGUGUCUGUACGAAUUUCAUCACGAGUACAUGCUACCUCUGUAUCGCGACAAAUGUAAAGUCAUGCACACUGACACCGACAGUCUCGUAUACCAUGUCGAGUGUGAUGAUGUUUAUGAGACGAUAAAACGUGAUAUCGCUAGGAAGAAACACCGUUUUGUUAAGAAAGAUUUUAUUGGAUAUAUACUGCUCACACCCGCACAUGCUAGUGUCGCCAUAGAUCUAGUAGUAGUUAGGUGCUCCCCCGAAAACCACGGAAGAGCCGCAACAUAG